AUGUCAAGGUGGAGCAAUGGAAGUUCCAAUGUGUCCUACACCAGCUUCCUCCUAGUGGGCUUCCCAGGGCUGAGGGAGUCCCGUGCCCUCCUGUUGCUGCCCUUCCUCAGCCUCUACCUAAUGAUUAUCUUUACCAAUGCCCUGAUCAUCCACACAGUGCUGACCCAGCGGAGCCUGCACCAGCCCAUGUACCUGCUCAUUGCCCUACUCCUGGCUGUCAACAUCUGUGCUGCCUCCACCGUGGUGCCCGCCAUGCUCUUUAGCUUCUCUACACACUGGAACCGCAUCUCCCUGGCUUGCUGCCUGAUCCAGAUGUUCUGCAUCUACUUCCUCAUUGUCUUUGACUGCAACAUCCUCCUGGUCAUGGCUCUGGACCGCUAUGUUGCCAUCUGCUACCCACUCCGCUACCCAGAGAUAGUGACAGGUCGGUUGCUGGCUGGCCUGGUGGGAGCAGCAGCUACCAGGAGCACUUGCAUUGUAGCUCCAGUGGUGUUUCUGGCCUCCAGGGUUCACUUCUGCUGCUCAGACGUGAUCCAGCACUUUGCCUGUGAGCACAUGGCCCUCAUGAAGCUCUCCUGUGGAGACAUCUCCCUAAACAAGACUGUGGGGCUCACUGUCCGCAUCUUCAACAGAGUCCUAGACAUGCUCUUACUAGGCACCUCCUACCUCCAUAUUAUCCAUGCUGCCUUCAGGAUUUCCUCAGGUAGUGCACGCUCCAAGGCCCUGAACACAUGUGGCUCUCACCUGUUGGUCAUCUUCACUGUCUACUCAUCCACCAUGUCCUCAUCCAUUGUCUAUCGUACAGCCCGCACUGCCUCCCAGGAUGUGCACAACCUGCUCAGCACCUUCUACCUGCUGCUCCCAUGUCUAGUCAACCCCAUCAUCUACGGGACAAGAACUAAGGAAAUCAAGUACCACCUGGCAACUCUGUUCCAAAGGACACGACUACAGUUCCCCUCCAAGAAGCUCCUGUCUCUGCCCUCACAUAAGGAGCUUCCUGGCUGA